CCACAUCUCUUUAUUCAUAUUUCCUUUUUGUGGUUGAAGAGAUGAGUAUGCAGAGAGAAAAAUAUAGAUCAGUCUGACAAGAAGGCAACUUCUCAAAGCUUAGAGAGCUACCACCCGAAGAUAGACAGUUAGUUACAUGUGUGUAUGUGUACUGUUAUAGAUAAAAGGAGAAAUCCGAAGAAGAAAGAAUUUUUUUUGCAAAUAUGUACUAUCAAGGAACCUCGGAUAAUAAUAUACAAGCUGAUCAUCAACAACAUCAUAAUCAUGGGAAUAGUAAUAAUAAUAAUAUUCAGACGCUUUAUUUGAUGAACCCUAACAAUUAUAUGCAAGGCUACACUACUUCUGACACGCAGCAGCAGCAGCAGCAGCACCAGCAGCAGUUACUUUUCCUGAAUUCUUCACCAACAGGAAGCAACGCGCUUUGCCAUGCGAAUAUACAACACGCGCCGCUGCAACAGCAGCACUUUGUCGGUGUGCCUCUUCCGGCAGUAAGUUUGCACGAUCAGAUCAAUCAUCAUGGACUUUUACAGCGUAUGUGGAACAACCAAGAUCAUUCUCAGCAGGUGAUAGUACCAUCGUCGACGGGGGUUUCUGCCACGUCAUGUGGCGGGAUCACCACGGACUUGGCGUCUCAAUUGGCGUUUCAGAGGCCGAUUGUGGUGUCUCCGACACCACAACACCGACAGCAGCAACAACAGCAAGGCGGUCUAUCUCUAAGCCUUUCUCCUCAGCAACAACAGCAAAUUAGUUUCAAUAACAAUAUUUCAUCCUCAUCACCAAGGACAAAUAAUGUUACUAUUAGAGGAACAUUAGAUGGAAGUACUAGCAACAUGGUUUUAGGAUCUAAGUAUCUGAAAGCUGCACAAGAGCUUCUUGAUGAAGUUGUUAAUAUUGUUGGAAAAAGCAUCAAAGGAGAUGAUCAAAAGAAGGAUAAUUCAAUGAAUAAAGAAUCAAUGCCUUUGGCUAGUGAUGUCAACACUAAUAGUUCUGGUGGUGGUGGUGGUGAAAGUAGCAGCAGGCAGAAAAAUGAAGUUGCUGUUGAGCUUACAACUGCUCAAAGACAAGAACUUCAAAUGAAAAAAGCCAAGCUUCUUGCCAUGCUUGAAGAGGUGGAGCAAAGGUACAGACAGUACCAUCACCAAAUGCAAAUAAUUGUAUCAUCAUUUGAGCAAGUAGCAGGAAUUGGUUCAGCCAAAUCAUACACUCAAUUAGCUUUGCAUGCAAUUUCGAAGCAAUUCAGAUGCCUAAAGGAUGCAAUUGCUGAGCAAGUAAAGGCGACGAGCAAGAGUUUAGGUGAAGAGGAAGGCUUAGUAGGGAAAAUCGAAGGCUCAAGACUCAAAUUUGUGGACCAUCAUCUAAGGCAACAACGCGCGCUGCAACAGCUAGGAAUGAUGCAACCAAAUGCUUGGAGACCCCAAAGAGGUUUACCUGAAAGAGCUGUCUCUGUCCUUCGUGCUUGGCUUUUCGAGCAUUUUCUUCAUCCUUACCCAAAGGAUUCAGACAAAAUCAUGCUUGCUAAGCAAACGGGGCUAACAAGGAGCCAGGUCUCUAACUGGUUCAUAAAUGCUCGAGUUCGAUUAUGGAAGCCAAUGGUAGAAGAAAUGUACUUGGAAGAAGUGAAGAAUCAAGAACAAAACAGUACUAAUACUUCAGGAGAUAACAAAAACAAAGAGACCAAUAUAAGUGCUCCAAAUGAAGAGAAACAUCCAAUUAUUACUAGCAGCCUAUUACAAGAUGGUAUUACUACUACUCAAGCAGAAAUUUCUACCUCAACUAUUUCAACUUCCCCUACUGCAGGUGCUUCACUUCAUCAUGCUCACAAUUUCUCCUUCCUUGGUUCAUUCAACAUGGAUAAUACUACUACUACUGUUGAUCAUAUUGAAAACAACGCCAAAAAGCAAAGAAAUGACAUGCACAAGUUUUCUCCAAGUAGUAUUCUUUCAUCUGUUGACAUGGAAGCCAAAGCUAGAGAAUCAUCAAAUAAAGGGUUUACUAAUCCAUUAAUGGCAGCAUACGCGAUGGGAGAUUUUGGAAGGUUUGAUCCUCAUGAUCAACAAAUGACCGCGAAUUUUCAUGGAAAUAAUGGUGUCUCUCUUACUUUAGGACUUCCUCCUUCUGAAAACCUAGCCAUGCCAGUGAGCCAACAAAAUUACCUUUCUAAUGACUUGGGAAGUAGGCCUGAAAUGGGGAGUCAUUACAAUAGAAUGGGAUAUGAAAACAUUGAUUUUCAGAGUGGGAAUAAGCGAUUUCCGACUCAACUAUUACCAGAUUUUGUUGCAGGUAAUCUAGGAACAUGAAUCCCAGAAAGUCUCGUAUUGAUAGCUGAAAAGAUAAAAGGAAGUUAGGGAUACUCUUAUAUUGUGUGAGGCCUUCUGGCCCAAGUCGGAGGACCCAAUUUGAUACAACCUAUCAUAGGAGAAAAGAAGUGGAGACAAAAUUGAAGUAACAAAAUUUUAAAGCACACUUUCUAGUAUAUAUACUUCUUUUUUUUAUAGUAUAGAAAAGAAGAGAUUUUGUGCUUUAGUGUAUAGAUAGAGUCUACUUAGUAUAGGUUAUACUUCUAGUUCCUUGAGAAGAUUGAUACAACUAGUAGUAUUUUUUUUCUUUUUGGGUUGGCUUGGAGUACUAUUUUAAGUUAAUAUGGAAACUAGCUAUAGUAUAUGUUGUAAAGUUGUGAUAUUGUUCCUCUCAAUUUGCAUAUAAUUUGAAAUAUUUUGUACCUACUAGCUAGUCUCUAAAUUAUGUUUCCAUUGCUUGUAAUUGCAAUUUUAUUUGAAUUUUGUUCUAUCAUUAUUAGAUUAUAG